AUGGAAAGGCAAAUGGGAUUGAACCAUCAUCACCACCCUCAUUUCAGUGGCUAUUUCAUCCAAGGCUUUAAUCAAGGUGAUAGGGAUGUUAUUGGGCAGCAACUGGUGGCCUAUCCAAUCCCUCGGCAACAACAGCAGCAGCAACAUGCGAACUUCAACACGGUGGGUGCACCUGCAGCUCCAUCACGGGGGCUUUCUUCGCACAAUUGGCGGGUCCUUUGCCAAGAUGGAAACGUGUUUACACGAUCACCUCCGCCAACUCAGACGAGUGCUGCCCAAUUCCCAGUGGCUGACAGGAGAGUGACUGCACCGGCAAUCGCGGCCGGGCCUGGACCUAGCGGUGUGAACGAUGGGUAUGCGUACUAUUUGAAUCGGGGUAACGGCGAGUUGACCAGACUUGUGCCGGCUGAUAUGCUGCCUGCAUUGAACGAAAUCCCACCGAGAGAGCCUGAGCGGCGAGGAAUGGUGGUUUUGCCGCCGCUGAGAGGCGUUCCGCCCAAAGGGAUGGCGGACAUGAGCCAGACUGUCACAGUCAAAGCGUGCCAAAUCCAUGGGCCUCUGCAUCCAUCGGAUCUCGUCCAGAACCAAAUCGACCGCAUCGUUGCGACCAGCCCUUCGACCCCAAAGAGGAACAAAGUAUACUGCGACAUGUGGAUCCAUGAAGGAAGAUGUGCCUUCACCCAGACGGGAUGCAAGUUUAAGCACGAGAUGCCGUUGGAUGAGGGAUCGCAGAAGGCCCUGGGCCUCUUCCAAGGUCUGCCUGCUUGGUAUAAGAAGCAACAAGAGGAGCUGAAUCUGUGGAGGUCUCGCGAGAAUUCCAGCUCGGAGACUUCGCCCACGGAUUCGCCGUCCCAAAAUGAGUUCGCAUGGCAGAGCCAUAAGAUGGGAAGGGGCUCCGGGGCGGUGGAUUCGCUGACCUCGAUAGUGCCGGACAACAGUAAUCUUGGUACGAACCAUCCUUCUCAAAUAGCGAAAAGCCGCAUCGCUCAAUUUGUCUGGGGUCCAAUUGGGCCGCCUAAUAAGCCGGCAUUGGACAAGGACCCUUGGGGUAAGGGCUUGGGAAACAAAAUAUAUGAGGGCGAGACUUCAUCGAGCCUCGUUUCGGAGGGCCAGAGAGUGAGAUGA